UGUGGGCCAUAAGAGACCCCACACUGGUCAAGUGCAAAAUCCUCAGCAACCAGCAACAAAAACCCUGUCAAAAUCGCAGAGAUAAACGCAAUCUCUCUAGCAUUUCAUCAACGGAUCGCACCAGCAAUGGAUUCUCUCUCUGAAUUCACACUUGCUGAGAUGGUGGAACUGGAGAAUACAUACAAGGAGAUAGGAGAAGAAUCAUUAAAUCCAGAUUUUUGCCAAAGGCUUGCAACAAGCUUUAGUUUCACGCCAAAUCGUGCUGGAAAGCCAGCAAUAACAUGGAAACAGGUGCAAAGUUGGUUUGAGGAUAGACAAAAGGAAUCACAGUCUAAAGUCAAUCCUUCGCCUGUGGCUCUGAAACUAUUUGUUGAUCUUUCUGAUGCAAGUAUUUCAAGUGACGCAUCUGAAACUUAUCGAAAGUCUAAAGUUAACAGAGUCACUGAUCUUUCAGACUUGACAUUUGAAGCUAAAUCGGCAAGAGAUCAUGCUUGGUAUGAUGUUGCUGCUUUCCUCAGCUACAGAGUUCUUUGUACUGGUGAACUAGAAGCACGUAUACGAUUUGCUGGAUUCCGUAAUACAGAUGAUGAGUGGGUGAAUGUAAAAAGGGCAGUGCGUGAGCGAUCUAUUCCUUUAGAACCUUCAGAAUGCAGCAGGGUGAAAGUUGGAGAUCUUGUACUGUGCUUUAGGGAACGCCAAGAACUAGCAGUCUACUGUGAUGCCUAUGUGGUGGGAAUCCAAAGGGAACCACAUGACGCGAGGGACUGUGGGUGCGUCUUUGUGGUCAGAUAUGACUAUGAUUUCAUGGAGGAAAGUGUUCAGUGGCAGAGGUUAUGUCGCAGACCAACUCAAUAAAUUUCUAGGGCAGCUGGUGAAAAUCAAGAAGCCAUACUCAAGAUGAGAACGAGAAUAGAAAAUUCUUUGAUUUUGAAGUUCGUUGACUUGCAAUGUUCAUAAACUGAGAAUAUUGAUGUUCCUAUGCAUACUCUUGGCCCCUGACCAUGAAAUUACAUUUAAUUUCCAACUAUCAGAAACAUCAAAGUGAAGAAUAAAUGGCAGCCUCCUCCAUUGUGUGGUUAGCUAUUUAGUGCAGCUGUUGUGGUAAAUUGUUGACGGUCAAUAAUUGAGAAUCUUAGCUUUAAGAAACAUGAUUAGAUAUUUUAUCUGCGCUUUAAUCAUGGAACUUAAUUUUUU